AUGGCGGCUGCUCCACCAGAGGUCCUGCGUCUGUACCCAGACGCUUUGCGAGACUCUUAUGCUGCGGCCUACUCGCUGUUAGUCGUAGCUCCUCUCACUGCUUUGGCGUCUCGUCUCCUGCUUUAUCGUGGAAAGAAGACCACGUCUCUGCACGUUUAUCUCGUAUCGUUUGCGGUCCCGAUGCUCGCUGUGUGGCUACCAACGUGGAUAUGGCCUGAGAAAAGGAACGUGUACGAGUUCUUGACAAUGAGUCGAUCCGAGACGCCAUACCAGUGGUCACAGAAGUACGCGUUGUUUCGGAAGCACUUUCAGCGGGGCGCCCUAUCUCAUAAAGACUGGAAAAAGGUGGACUCAGCGUAUGAUAACAUCUACAGCGACAAGGCGCGCUACUUGUACGACUUCUGGGGCCCCGGCCAGAACAUGUCGUUCUACGAAACGAUAUUCAAUGUCGGCCUUUUCUAUCUGCUCUGGGUCGCUAUCAUCUACGCAGUGACAACACCCAGAGCAGCUCAAGCUGCUAGCAAGCUUCCGUUUGUAGGACUAAUGGCUCUCAUUUGCGUGGAGCUUUCGGUCCAGCUGACCCAUUAUGAUCCGGUGAUCAAGGAAAUGGCGCCGUUUACAACACCGCGUGAAUUUCUGCUGUGGUGUCACUGGUAUUUCCCGAUUCUUGUGUUUGCGACGGUUUCGAUAAAGAAGGUAUACUUUGUCGACAUGGAGAAACACCACCAGCACGUACUCAUGUACAUGCUGGAGAAGAACAUAAAAACGGUCGAGGAGCUCCGACAUGUGAACCGAGAACUAAUGCCCGAAUCGGCGACUGUCAAUACCAGUUUGACGAAAAUCAGGAAUCAACUGUGA